UUUUCGUUGUUGCUGGCUUUUUCAGGGGCUGCUCGCUCGCAGCCAGAGACGCUGGGUUUUUUUUCCGGGUUCGGAGCCGUUCCGGAUGCUUUAGGCUGCCGGAUGUCUGAUCUCAGGAUAACUGAGGCGUUUCUGUACAUGGAUUAUCUGUGUUUUCGAGCCCUCUGCUGCAAGGGACCGCCGCCGGCACGCCCAGAGUAUGACCUUGUCUGCAUAGGCCUCACGGGCUCUGGCAAGACCAGCUUGCUGUCCAAGCUGUGCAGUGAGAGCCCCGACAGCGUCGUGUCGACCACAGGUUUUAGUAUAAAAGCAGUGCCAUUCCAGAAUGCCAUCUUGAAUGUAAAAGAACUUGGAGGGGCUGAUAAUAUCCGAAAAUACUGGAGCCGCUACUACCAAGGAUCUCAAGGGGUAAUAUUUGUAUUAGACAGUGCCUCUUCGGAAGAUGAUUUAGAAACUGCUAGAAAUGAACUGCACUCAGCUCUUCAGCACCCACAGUUAUGCACUUUACCUUUUUUGAUAUUGGCCAAUCAUCAAGACAAGCCAGCUGCUCGAUCAGUACAAGAGGUCAAAAAAUAUUUUGAACUUGAACCACUUGCACGUGGGAAACGCUGGAUUCUGCAGGCCUGCUCGCUGGAUGACACGGAUGCACUGAAAGACAGCUUCUCUCAGCUGAUAAAUUUGUUAGAAGAAAAAGACCAUGAAGCUGUAAGAAUGUGAAAUCUGGCGAAGAAGACGGGUUCCCCAAAGGCCUUGAACCUAUCAUGUUAGUUUCUCAUUUUAAUUUUAUUUUGGUAUCAAGACUGUAAUGGCUUCAGUAUCUAUUUUCUUCCAGUUAUCUCAGACUCUUAUCUCUCUAUUAAAGUGAACAUUCUGUAUAUCAGGUGAAUUAUCAUCGGCAUUAACGCCAAGUACACACUACUGAGAGAGAAUUUAUUCUCUGUUUACCACUAAUCAUCUUCACCGCAUGUCUCUUCCUUCUGUUGUUCUAAGCGUCUCUUCUCCACUCUGUGCUAAAAUGGAUGGAAUUUGCAGCUCACGGAAAUCAGAUCCCUCACGGAGGACUCAGGGAGACUCAGAACCUAGACUCAUUUACCCUGGCUUUAGGGUGGUGUGUUGUUGACUGGGGCUUCCCAUAAUAUGUGUAUCAUUUUCAAGAUCCCUUGAGAAGUUUAUUUGAUUUGAUUUGGUCUUAUUUUAAUUUUUAGUUUUUCAUAUACUGGCCUUACAGAUUAUGGGAGAAAAAAUGAGUACCAAAAACUUCAAUUAAUUACCUUAUCAGAAUGGAAUAUCCUGCCAUAGUCAAAUUGACUUUGAAGAACUUAAAGACAAGAUGUCUAAUGGGUUGGGUUUUUUUUUUUUUUUUUUUUUUUUAAUUACAUCUGAAGUCUCCCUCACUCCCCUCUCUUGAGGACAAAGACAUUGUUUUCGUUUUUGAGAAGAGUUAGAGGAAAUGCAGGUACAGUGUACGUAUGCAUCGAUUACUAUUUCAAGUCCUCAAAUAUUUUUAAUGGAAGAAUUACCCAACAUAAAGUCAAGCUGCAACAUGGUAUGUUUCUAAAAAUCUUUUUCUAAAAAUUGUAUAUCUGAUUGAAAUAGAGAAAAUAAUUUUUAAAAUAAUAGAUAAAUUUUUUUUAAAAUAGCCAAAUGAAGUAUAGUUUAGGCUGGCUAGGGUUUAAGCUGGCACGUAUUUGACAGAGAUAACGAAGGCAGAAUCAUCUGUAUAUUCAUUCGGUAAAUGCUAAUGUUGCUUAAUGGAGUCUCUUAAUGUCUCCAUCUAGUAAUUAAAGCUCUAUCAGUAUUUCUAUUAUAAACCUCUAUUUUCAGGGGUUUCAAUGUGCCCUUAAAAAUGUGCUGGGGCCGCAGCAGAUAAAUAAUUUUAGGGCCUAGAUUCAGUCUUUGAAACUAAUUUUUUUGUUCAUUUAACUUAAAUGAUAAAAUUAUGCAGAGAUAAAUGUACAGUUUUAGUAAGUUUUGGCACCUUUAACCUUUUCUAAAUCAGGAAUGAUCUAUGGAUAUUGAGGUUAAUGGAUGAAAUACUCUUUGGCACAUUUUAUAUAUUUUUGGCCACUUAAAAUACUGAGCGGCCAAGUGAUAGAAAACUACUCCCUUCACCUGAGCAAUAAAAACAUGUUUGUAAUUUUUAGGUAGCGUAGACUGAUUCCCAAAUACCGCAGACUCACACUGUAUUACAGGGUGAUGUAAUACAUUAUAAUUCUCCAGAAGAUACAUGUCAUUCAAAUAUGGCCUUUGUGGUCUGAUCUUGUAGGUGGAUUUUAAUGAAAUUACCUUUGAAACAUCCAACACUUCUUUUAAGCUUUUUUUUUUAAUAGGAUGGAUCAAAAAAGAUUCAUAUGCAAUUUUUGUCUACAGCAUCCUUGAAUAUUUUUAACACUGUGUAAUCCGUGAGCAGCACAAAACUUUUAUUCCAAUGACCAUUGACACAAUCCCUGCUUUUUAUUUUGUCCCAUUGUGCUCAUCUUCUACGAAAAAUAAAUGAUCAUUAGGCAUUGCUUUCUCUGCAAGUUCAUUAAAUGUAGAAUGUUGUCUUUUUAAGAUACCGUGGCUGAGUGCUCCUAAGCCAUCUGUUAAAUGACUUCCCGUUGUCUGUGUGUUCAUGUGUGCACCAGUGAUGGGCUUCUUCUCAGACCCAUGACUGUCUGCAGUGUCUCAGCCGUCAGAAUGAAAACAUUAUCAAUCAGUACCCAACAACAGCUGUUUUUGACAAGUUUCUGUCUGACGCCUAAUGCUUUACAACUGUCAAUAAGGCUCCUUCUUUGUCUAGCAGUUCAGAGCUCGCCGUCUUGCUGCUUCCCUGCUGCAUCCUGUCCUUGUAACCCUAGAAUUUACCAUGUUUUGGAAAUCCGCGUGGGGGGAGGGGAGGGGGCUUGGACCGGCGUUGGGGGGUGGGGGGUGGUUGUGCGUGUGCGUCGUAUUCCUCCUUCUAUGUACAGCGCCACAGGUGUCUUAGUUUGCAUAUUCAGAUAUUGUAUAGGAAAAACAGUCUGUUAUGGAUUUCUUCACUUAGCUUCUUGUUAUAUUUAUGGAAGUUACCAGUUUUUGUACCUUCUUAGCUAAAGCAGUUGCCUUUUUGUAAUGGCAAUUAAUUUAUAUGACAGAACUUUGUAUCUACUGUAGUUUACGAUGUCAGUUGCUAACUAACUGCCAUAUUACCCUGUCGUUCUAUUAAAAAAUGCUGUAUCUAUACUUUGAGGUUAACAGAUUCAUGUGGACAAUUGCCAGGCAAGAAGAGUUCGUAUUGUCCAUGAUUUAGAUUUGAUUUCCACUAUCUUCAAAUGAAAAUAAACGCUGAGUAGAAUUGA